UACUAAAGUUAAAAAUUGCCACGGCUUCCACUGUUCAUCGCCAUUAACGCAAGCUUUUUGGCCCAAUGCCUCACGCUUUCCUUCAUCCCCUUCCCCCUUCAAUCUUCAUACAGUAAAGAGGCGUUUGAGUGCCCAUACACACACGCCAGUAAGCACAGUUGAUUAGGAAUAGGAGGAGGUUAAAGCUGCCGAACCCACAUUUUUUGUUUCCCCCUUAAAUUUUGCCCGGAGGCCGGAACUCCUUCUUUUUUCUCGUGUUUUCCUGGUUUUAUAACGUUCUUUCAUUCUGGUCAUUGGUGAUUUGCCUUUGUUACGGGACAGCUGCCUGAAGCUUUGUUGUGGGAUACAGAGCAGCUGUUGAAGAUAUUUUUUCGUGUAAUUAUGGAGUUAGAUACUACGAAUAAAAUGAAGAAUUUUGGACGUUGUGCAAAACCGAAUGAAACAAAGAGGAUUAUACUCACAGUUAUUAUUGGAUUCAUUUUUGGGUUCUUGAUUGGAUUGUCACAUUCUCCCCCUACGUUCAAGCUAAAUGUUGCAGAAAGUCUUGUUAACAUAACCAAAAAGGGUGUGAAUUCUUCCAGUGAGACUAGCAACUCGACAGUAAAUCAUAAUGUCACGGAUCAUACAAAGAUUUGGGUUCCAUCGAACCCAAGAGGAGCAGAAAGGUUACCUCCACAAAUUGUUGUCUCUGAGUCAGACUUCUUUCUCCGCAGGUUAUGGGGUAAACCCAGUGAGGACAUAACCAGUACACCGAAGUAUUUGGUAACAUUCACCGUUGGUUAUAACCAGAGGAAUAACAUCGAUGCUGCUGUGAAAAAAUUUUCAGACAAUUUUACCAUUCUUCUAUUUCAUUACGAUGGUAGAACAACUGAAUGGGAUGAAUUCGAGUGGUCUAAGCGGGCCAUUCAUGUGAGUGCUCAUAAACAGACAAAAUGGUGGUAUGCCAAGAGGUUUCUGCACCCCGACAUUGUUGCCUCGUAUGAAUAUAUAUUUAUCUGGGAUGAAGACCUAGGAGUCCAGAACUUUAAUGCUGAAGAGUAUAUAAAGCUUGUUAAGAAACAUGGAUUGGAAAUUUCGCAGCCAGCAUUGGAAGCUAGUUCCGGGGUAUCUUGGCAGAUGACUAGGAGAAAACCUGAUCGUGAAGUUCACAAAGAAACGGAAGAGAAGCCCGGCUGGUGUUCUGACCCUCAUUUGCCUCCAUGUGCAGCGUUCGUAGAGAUCAUGGCUCCCGUCUUCUCUCGAGAUUCAUGGCGUUGCGUGUGGCAUAUGAUUCAGAACGACUUGGUCCAUGGUUGGGGUCUCGAUCUUGCCCUCCAAAGAUGCGUCGAGCCCGCUCACGAGAAGAUUGGAGUUGUCGAUGCUCAGCCCGUUGUCCAUAAAAAGAUACCUUCACUUGGCAACGAGGGAAUAGCAGAAAACGGGAAGCCUAACUGGCGAGGGGUGAAUGACAGAUGUAGAAAAGAGUGGGCAAUGUUUAGAAGAAGGGUAGCUGAUGCUGAGAAAGCUUACUAUAAGUCCAUUGGAUUUGAGGCUUCCAAUUCUACAGAUCAUUAGUUAGUGGCAUGGAAUGGUUGAAUGUGCAUAUACAGAAUCAUAUCCACUCAUUCUUCUGCCAUUUCCAUAUAUAUAUAUAUAUAUAUAGAUAUAUAUACACAUAGCAGUAGUACUACUUAGUACUUACAUUUCUGAAAUAAAAUCUUGUCUUGGCUCCCAAGUUUUUGAGAUUGACAAAUGCAAGUGUAUAUGCAAGUAAUACAAUAAUGAUCCAAUCA